AUGCAAGAGGGAGAUAAUCACUCUGAAGUGGUAUCUGACAAGUCAGAGAUUAUUGCUGAUGUUGAUCCUCGUCCAUUAACUGGUGAAUCAUCAACCUUCAUUUACAAAUCAGUCUUUAAGGUCGCAGACGAAGACCCAGAUAUGAAUCCAUAUGAUAGAGACUUAUUAAAUAGUCAAGGUACUUCUUCAAAACCAAUAAUUGGUUCAGAAUAUGAUAAUGCGUCAACUAAUGUUAAUAAAAGUACAUUGGAUGCUAAUAAAACUGGUCAUGAAGAAAAAGUUAGACAAGUUCAAGAUGGUGGUCAUGAUGCUUACGAAAAGAAUGGUAAUGAAAUUAAUCAGUACGCUGGGCAAUUUCCAACUCAUAAUGUUACUUCUGGUCCUACCAAUGCCGCUGUUCCACCAAAUGAUACAACGUUUUCAAGUGUUGACCCAAACGUAAAGGAAAUGGUUGAAUCAAAAAUUGAGGCACUGAGUUCUAAAAUGGAUGCUGCAAUGGAUGCAAAGCUACAAAAGCUGAAUUCAGAAAUAUCAGAGUUGAAGAGUUCGCAAGGAAAUAAAGUAUCUGCUGUCAAGGAUGACCUUGAAGCGCAAAUAACAACUCCAAAAAGUUCCACAUAUGACAUUUCAAAGGGGCCAGCGUAUAUAAACGCUAUAUGUACCACAGUUUGUCUUAUAGUUUUAGGUGCUAAAUCUGGUUUAAUUAGGAAUUUUUAUUAUUUAGGUGUUUGGUUUUUAAUCUCAACCCUACAAUUUUGGUGGAUUAACACCUGGUUGACGCAGGUUCUGCUUAAAUCACUAUUUCAAAUUCAAAUGGAUGUGUUUACACAAGAGGAGCUGAUGAUUAAUGUCAAUACAUUGUCACAAAUGCUAAUCUGUGUGUUUUUAUUCAAUGAUGAUCGUUACCUGAUGUUCAAACAAUUUUGUGAAGAUUCUGUUUUAACUUUAUAUAACUACGGAAUUGUCAUUUCAAGUAAUAUCUAUAAGUUGCUUGUUUGA